ACGUGGUGGUAGAUCGAAAAGAAGAAAUGAGCGAUUCCGAGUCCGAGCUGGGGUGGGAAUCAGAUGAGAUGGAGAUAGGGGGAGAUCUCAGUGGAGAUACUGAGGACGAAGAAGACGGAGAAGAAAACACAGAAGCUAUGGAGAACAAACAUGGUAAUAAGGGAGAUAACUCAGGUUGUGGAUUGGCAAAUGCGAUGGCCAAAAUCCUGAACAAUAAAGUUCCCAGAAACACACCCACAAUAUUAGCCAAGGGUAUGACAGAGCGAGAAAUUCAGAAGAAGAAAAAAGAAAGUUCUGAGACGAAUCAGGAGGAAGCCACAGUUGCAACCGCAGAAAAGAAAAAGUUAUGGGAGGAAAUGGCGAGAGUGAAGCCUAACCCUCUGGAGAAAGACAGAGAAAGACGCCUUCAGAAAAUUGCAACUAGGGGAGUUGUGCAGUUGUUUAACGCAGUAAAGAAACAGCAGAAGAGUGUGGAGGAGAAGCUGUCAGCGGUUGGUUCCUCAGAAAGGAAACGAUCCAAAGUCUUGGAAUCUGUCACAAAAGGGGCCUUCUUAGAUCUGCUACGGGGAACCCGAGUGAAUGUGUCUAAAGAUGGGGCCGUGAAAUCCAGGAAACCACAACAGACCCCUCCAGAGGACACGGCUGAGGAAGGGAAGUGGGACAUCCUGCGAGAGGACUUCAUGAUGGGGGCCACACUGAAGGACUGGGAUAAGGAGCAGAGUGGAGAUGAGGGUGGGUCUGGUGUCCUGGGGAAUGAGGACGGUUCAGACAGUGAUGGUGACUCAGUCUGAGGGUGUCUACGGACUGAAGUGAUGUGCGGGGGGCUGUGGGAGAGGUCCUACAGUAAGAGCCUGAGGAUGUCUCUAGACUCAGUAAUGCUUAUGGGUGGUGGGAGAGAUGAUUGUCAGGAAAGGGUCCAACAGUAAGAGCCUGAGGGCGAUCGCCAGGAAAGGGUCAUACAGUAAGAGCCUUAUAGUGACUCCUGACAGUGAUGUGUGGGGCUGUGGGAGUGAUCGUUAUUAAAGGGUCCUACGGUAAGAGCCGGAGGGUCUCCAGACUCAUUGAUGUGUGGAGCUGUGGGAGUGAUCGUUAGGAAAGGGUCCUACAGUAAGAGCCGGACGGUCUCCAGACACAGUGAUGUGUGGGGCUGUGAUAGAGAUCAUUAGGAAAGGGUCCUACAGUAAGACCUUGAGGAUGUCUACAGACACAAUGAUGUGUGAGGCUGUGGGAGAGAUCGUCAGGAAAGGAUCCUACAGUAAGAACCUAAAGGUGUCUCCAGACUCCUUGAUGUGUGGGCCUGUGGGAGAGGUGAUCAGGAAAGUGUCCUACAGUAAGAGCCUGAGAGUGUCUCCAGACACAGUGAUGUGUGGGGCUGUGGGAGAGGUGAUCAGGAAAGGGUCCU